AUGAUACUGAGCUCCACCCAUAUACCUGCUACCACACAUAAUCCAGUUCAAGCCAGCUCCAACAGGUCUGAGACCAGUGCCACAGUGACACCCUGGAGUACUGGAUUGACCUCCAGCAAGCCUGAAAUCAGUACAGCUCUCACAUCCUGGAGUAGUUCCACCUCAUUCCAGCAUACCACUAACCCCAACUCUCCAACCCCAUCCCUCUCCACCUCAGCCCCCUCUGUACCGGCAUGGCAGACACAUCACCAGCAGAGCAGCACUAUGCCCCAAACCAGCCUGGAGCCCACUCUGAUGGUGUCCCUGAGUGUAUCACCACCAUCUCCAUCCACAUGCUGUAUGUAAAUCAAUAACACACCCAUUAUACAUUGUACAACAGCAACAGUUUUAAGCAUAUGGACAUUUUUAAAUAUCACUUCUAAUAUUUUGUUGACAUAAUUUCCCCCAAUGACUCCCCUGCUGUUUCUAUGAACCCCUGAGGCUAUUUGGAUAAUAUUCUCCAAAGUACUCCACAUACAUCUUUAAUCUCAUAAUUUUAAGAAAUGAGAGUCUCACAAAGUCAUUUCUAAUUUCAAGAUUGCUAAAAUGAUAUUUCAUAGAAGGUGAGAUUGAUUACUGUCUCCCUUCUCCCCUCUCCCCCAGACCCCGCCCCCAUCACCAACCUGCAGGCUUCCAAUGUCACUGGCUCCUCCUUCUGCGUGUCCUGGAUGACUGGCCAAUCCCAGAGCAGGCUUAGCUUUCUGGUGGUGCUAAUGGAGGGGUCAAAGGUCAGGGGACGCUGGGAGACGGGGCUGUCAGUCUGGGAGGUGACAUUGUUGAAGCCUGGGGUUCUUUACAACGUUACUGUCAUUCCCUGUCCCUAUGGGAGCCAGGGGGCCAGCCUGCUGCUGCUGGUUAAGACUGGUAAGUACCAUGUGAAGAAUGUGUUUCAUAUAUCAACUUUCUGUCAUCUUUUUCAGUUUUGUUAUGGUAAUAUCACUUAAAAUGUGUAUAUACUUAAACUGAUGCAGUAUAUUUUAGCUACAGUGCCUUUUGGAAAGUAUUCAGACCCCUUGACUUUUUCCACAUUUUGUUGAGUUACAGCCUUAUUCUAAAAUUGAUUAAAUUGUUUUUUUCCCUCAUCAAUCUACACACAAUAUCCCAUAAUGACAAAGCAAAAACAGGUUUUUAGAAAUUUCUGCUAAUUUAUAAUAAAAAAUUAACUGAAAUAUCACAUUUACAUAAGUAUUCAGACACUUUACUCAGUACUUUGUUGAAGUACCUAUGGCAGCGACUAUAGCUUAGAGUCUUCUUGGGUAUGACGCUACAAGCUUGGCACACCUUUAUUUGGGGAGUUUCUCCCAUUCUUCUCUGCAGAUCCUCUCAAGCUCUGUCAGGUUGGAUGGGGAGCGUUGCUGCACAGCUAUUUUCAGGUUUCUCCAGAGAUGUUCGAUCGUGUUCAAGUCCGGGAUUUGGCUGGGACACUCAAGGACAUUCAGAGACUCCUGCGUUGUCUUGGCUGUGUGCUUAGGGUCGUUGUCCUGUUUGAAGGUGAACCUUCACCCCAGUCUGAGGUCCUGAGCACUCUGGAGCAGGUUUUCAUCAAGGAUCUCUCUGUACUUUGCUCCAUUAAUCUUUCCCUCGAUCCUGACUAGUCUCCCAGUCCCUGCCGCUAAAAAACAUCCCCACAGCACGAUGCUGCCACCACCAUGCUUCAUCGUAGGGAUGGUGCCAGGUUUCCUCCAAGGAUCUCUCUGUACUUUGCUCCGUUCGUCUUUGCCUCGAUCCUGACUAGUCUCCCUGCCACUGAAAAACGGUGCCAGGUUUCCUCCAGACGUGAUGCUUGGCAUUCAGGACAAAGAGUUCAGUCUUGGUUUCAUCAGACCAGAGAAUCUUGUUUCUCAUGGUCUGAGAGUCUUUAGGUGCCUUUUGGCAACUCCAAGCGGGCUGUCAUGUGCCUUUUACUGAGGAGUAGCUUCCAUCUGGCAACUCUACCAUAAAGGCCUGAUUGGUGGAGUGCUGCAGAGAUGGUUGUCCUUCUUCAAGGUUCUCCCAUCUCCACAGAGGAACUCUAGAGCUCUGUCAGAGUGACCAUCGGGUUCUUGGUCACCUCCCUGACCAAGGCCCUUCUCCCCCGAUUGCGCAGUUUGGCCGGGCGGCCAGCUCUAGGAAGAGUCUUGGUGGUUCCAAACUUCUUCCAUUUAAGAAUGAUGGAGGCCACUGUGUUCUUGGGGACCUUCAAUGCUGCAGACAUUUGUUGGUACCCUUCCCCAGAUCUGUGCCUCGACACAAUCCUGUCUCAGAGCUCUACGGACAGUUCCUUCGACCUCAUGGCUUGGUGUUUGCUCUGACAUGCACUGUCAACUGUGGGACCUUUUAGAUACAGUUGUGUGCCUUUCCAAAUAAUGUCCAAUCAAUUGAAUUUACCCCAGGUGGACUCCAAUCAAGUUGUAAAAUAUCUAAUGGAUGAUCAAUGGAAACAGGAUGCACCUGAGCUCAAUUUCGAGUCUCAUAGCAAAGGGUCUGAAUACUUAUGUAAAGAAGGUAUUUCUGUUUUUUAUUUGUAAUACAUUUGCAAAAAUUUCUAAAAACCUGUUUUCGCUUUGUCAUUAUGGGGUAUUGUGUGUAGAUUUCUGUGGAAUUUUAAAAAUGUAAUCCAUUUUAGAAUAAGGCUAUAACAUAACAACAUUUGGAAAAAGUCAAGGGUUCUGAAUACUUUCCGAAGGCACUGUAUAUGUACUUUAUGCGUAAGGAGGCUGAUAUGGUGUGCCCUAUAGUGAACUGCUGGCCAAAGCCAUCUGAACAAGGACAAGAGGAAACCCCUCUAUUAUUCAUUAGACACUGACACAGCAAUAUGAUUUGGUUGUACUUACGAAAGCACUUUCACAUUAUGCUGACUUCUAUAGCAGAUAUGAAACUGUUCUAGUUACUGCGGUGCUUUGACUGGAUGUGUGUAUCCCAUUCACAGCUGCACAGACACUUGGAGCAACAGCUCGCCUGACCAAUAUGCAGUUCACUGAUGCCCUGCUGGACCCCACUAGCCAGGAGUAUCAGAAUCUUAGUCGUAGUAUUGAGGAAGAGGUAGGAGACUACUACACAACAGAUGCUUUGAUGAAUGUUUUUUGAAUGUUUACAAAUGUUGAAUGUUUGAAUGUUGUCAUUGUCCUCACUUAUAGAACCUGGAAUGAAUGAAUGAUUUCAAAAAUAAAAAUAAAGACACUUAAACAUGUUUUGUAGUUCCUACAUGUUGUAGUUGUUACAUGUUGUAAUGUUGUAGUUUCUAUCAAAUGACACUGACACAAACACCCUGUCACCUCUAACUGUCCCACAGAUCCUCCAGUCUCUCCCUCCUGAUAUUCUGGCCCUGGUGAACUCAGGAGAUGUGAGGUUUCAGAUCAUAGGCCUGGCCCCUGGCAGUGUAGUAGUGAACUUCACCAUAAUCUUCACACCCAGUCAGUCCCAGGACAUCCUGAACGGGUCCUCUGCUCUGAUGCAGGCCCUACAGAACAGCUCCAGAUACACUGUUGACAGGAACAACACCAGCAUAGAUGGUAACGCUGUCUUAACCUUGUACAGUUGUAAGAAUACUUUGAUUUUGAUAAAAGGAUGUGCACAAGAUAAUGUGCCAGGUCUCCAAUGGGCCUUCCAUGAAAAUGAUUAUUUGUAGUAAUGGGACUUCCUGGUUAAAUAUAGGUUGAGUAUGAAAUAAGAUAACUCUCUGUUAGCAUUAAAUGGAGAGCACAUUUAGUGAUACCAAUCUGCAUAAACGGUUAACCUGAUUUUCAAUACCAGAUUUUUGUUGUUGUUUCAAACAGAUGUUGAUGAGUGCAGUACAGGGGACAUGGACUGCUCCCCAUGGGCCCUGUGCACUAACACCUGGGGCUCCUACAGCUGUCUCUGUCUGGAUGGAUUCACGGACUCUAACCCCUCCAGGCCGGGACGGGGCUGUUCAGGUAGACAAAAGGGAGUAAACGCUUUAACUUUUUUGAUAGUCUAAAUUCAGAUGUAUCUGGAUAUGGUUACUAGAGUAUUCUUCUCUCACUGCCUAAUCAGUUCACUACAGUUCAACUUGUAAUUGUCUUAUAUUUUUUGCCUUACAGCUCCUUUGACCACAACCACAACCACACCUAUGUCCAUCACGACAGCUGUCCAGACGACCACAGCUCCAGCUACAACCACAACCACAACCACAACAAACACUCCGGUUACAACCAACAAUACAGUUUCAACCACUACCACCUACAAUACAACCUCAAUUACAACCAACAAUACAGAUGCAGCUACAAUGAACUCACCAGUUACAACCACUGCCAACAAUACAGUUAGAAUCAACAACACAGUUUCAACCAAAACUGUAGUCACAAUCACAACCAUGGCCCCAGUUACAACCUCAACCACCACUGAAGUUCCUACAACAACGACCAGCGGUCUCAUCAAAACCAGUCUGCAGCCUGAGACUCCUACAUCUCUGGCUCCUCUGGUCUCUUAUACGGAAGCCAUCUCAGUGGAGUGCAGGCCCAGUGCCAUCACAGUGACGGUGGCCAGGGACUUCCUGUGGGCGGGGCACAUCGGGGACUCUUCCCUGUUCCUAGGGAGACAGGAGUGUGGCGUGAACGGAGGGAACAGUAGCCACGUCCAGCUGACGGUGGCUUGGGAUGAGUGUAACACACAGCUUUUACAUGUGAGUCAGUGGCUAGAGGGUGCUACCUACUGCCCCCCUGUGUCACAAAGAGCAUAGUCUCUGGUGUGUUUUGGCUACAUAAAAGGUUAUUCUAUAAUGCACAGAACAGACCUGGAUUUAACAGGUUAAAGUGACCAUUAUUUAUGCAGCAUUUAUUCUAUACAUUAAAAACAUGCAGCCUGUGACCAUGGUCUCUUGUAGGUGCAGGUGUUGGAUGACCAAUCUAGAUUGAACUGUCCUCAUGGUCUGUUAGAAAAUAAAAUAACUAACCCAUACUCCUGUUAACUUUUGCACUUCAGAACAGCACUCACUACACUGCUCAGGUGAAUCUGUACAACUCUAUGAACUCUCAGCUCUUGCCCGACGACACUACAAGGGUUUCCACAGUACGGCUGAAGGUCCCCAUCAUAUGUACCUUCAGGAGGAGCAUCAUCAUCUCCUCUGGUUACAGCACCACAGGGUACGCUCUACCAGGCGCCAUGGUUACCUUACCUACACUACCAGUCAAAAGUUUGGACACACCUACUCAUUCAAGGGUUUUUCUUUAUUUUUACUAUUUUCUACAUUGUAGAAUAAUAGUGAAGACAUCAAAACUAUGAAAUAACACAUAUGGAAUCAUGUAGUAACCAAAAAAGUGUUAAACAAAUCAAAAUAUAUUUUAUAUUUAAAUUCUGGAAUGCUUUUCCAACCGCCGUGUCUUUGUGAGACGCGGUGUGGGUGAAUGGAUGAUCUUCGCAUGUGUAGUUCCCACCGUAAAGCAUGGAGGAGGAGGUGUUAUGGUGUGGGAGUGCUUUUCUGGUGACACUGUCUGUGAUUUAUUUAGAAUUCAAGGCACACUUAACCAGCAUGGCUACCACAGCAUUCUGCAGCAAUACGCCAUCCCAUCUGGUUUGGGCUUAGUGGGACUAUAAUUUGUUUUUCAAUAGGACAAUGACCCAACACACCUCCAGGCUGUGUAAGGGCUAAUUUACCAAGAAGGAGAGUGAUGGAGUGCUGCAUCAGAUGACCUGGCCUCCACAAUCCCCGGACCUCAACCCAAUUGGGAUGGUUUGGGAUGAGUCAGCUCAGCAUAUGUGGGAACUCCUUCAAGACUGUUGGAAAAGCAUUCCAGACUUCAAAUAUAAAAUAUAUUUUGAUUUGUUUAACACUUUUUUGGUUACUACAUGAUUCCAUAUGUGUUAUUUUAUAGUUUUGAUGUCUUCACUAUUAUUCUACAAUGUAGAAAAUAGUAAAAAUAAAGAACAAUCCUUGAAUGAGUAGGUGUAUCCAAACUUUUGACUGGUGCUGUAUAUCACUAUGGUCCAAUUUGUAAGUCGCUCUGGAUAAGAGCGUCUGCUAAAUGACUUAAAUGUUAAAUGUCACAUCCACCUCACUCCACCUUUUAACUCCCACAAAUCACUGCUCAGCUAGACUAAAAAUGUCUAGAACCCAAUUUUACAUCACUACUCAAAUACAUGCUUGCAAAUAUCUCUCUUAUUGAUAUACAGUGUAUUUGAGUAUUCAGCAUCCAUUAUAUAUUUUGCUCUUUAUUUACAUAAUAUCUUACGGUGUAUUGACAGGUAUGAUAUGAUCAAAGAUGCCGUCAUGGGCUCAGGGACGUUCCAUGUGAUGAUUCAGCUCCUGAGUGGAAUGUCCCCCCUCCCCCAGAACCACAGCAUGUCUCCUGAGGAGGACGUUGUGGUCGAGGUCAGCGUUGACUCCACAGUUGCCCAGAUCAAAGUGGUCAUCAACAAGUGCUGGGCCACCCAGAGCAGCAACCCCUUGGAACCAACAACCAAUGUUUUCCUGGAAAACAGGUAUGUUCUACAAUUGCUUUUGAAAGUGCCCUAUCAUAGUUAGCUUAGAUGCUAGGUUUUCAUUCAGUGGCAUGGAAUAUAAUAGAAUAUAAUUUAGAUGUAUUGUCCAUCCGAGGAUGGACAUUUGCUUGAAGAUUCAGAUAUGUUUGGGUACUUUCUAAGCUUUCUGCCAGUAAUCUGUCUCUCUCUUUCUCAUCAGCUGUCCCCUCCCAAACACAUACACCACAGUCGUGGAGAACGGCAACUCCAGCAAGUCUCGCCUGUCUCUUCGCAUUUUCUCCUACGUCAACCUGAAUGUCAUCUACCUGCACUGCCAGAUUCAGAUCUGUAUCGAGACUGGCUCGGCCACCUGCCAGCCUGUGAGUAUCUGUCCAGCUUUAUUCAUACUGUACUACUCAAGUAUACAGUAUUUACUUUGAUGUCUAUAUUUACUGUUCAACCAGGGGUUAAAUUGGGUAUUCGGAGGUGGGGAAGCACUGGCGGGUUGAAUAAAAGGCUAGGGUUAUGCCAAGAUUAGGGUUAGAGUUAGGGUUAGGGUAACUGCUGUAAGUACAAUGUAUUACUGUUCUAGGGUUUGGGUUAGGGUUACUACUUUUAUCCUGCUUUUUAUCCUACUCCUCUUUGGACCCGUAAGGUGCUGGAGCUCGGCUCAGCCUGGCUCUUCCUUUGAUCCAAGGUGAAGGAGUCCGGCUCCGAGUAUCUCCAUUUCAAUUUAGCCACUGUGUUCAACCCUUUUGAUAUGACUACCUAAAGGCUCUUUAAAAAUUCUCUACUCAGAGAAGGUUUAAUUAUACUGAACAAAAUUAUAAACGCAACAUGUAAAGUGUUGAUCCCAUGUUUCAUGAGCUGAAAUAAAAGAUCCCAGAAAUUUUCCAUACGCACAAAAAGCGUAUUUCUCUCAAAUGUUGUGCACAAAUUUGUUUACAUCCCUGUUAGUGAGCAUUUCUCCUUUGCCAAGAUAAUCCAUCCACCUGACAAGUGUGGCAUAUCAAGAAGCUGAUUAAACAGCAUGAUCAUUACACAGGUGCACCUUGUGCUGGGGACAAUAAAAGGCCACAGAUGUCUCAAGUUUUGAGGGAGUGUGCAAUUGGCAUGCUGACUGCAGGAAUGUCUACCAGAGCUGUUGUCAGUGAAUUGAAUGUUCAUUUCUCUACCAUAAGUCACUUCCAACGUCGUUUUAGAGAAUUUAGCAGUACAUCCAACUGGCCUCACAACCGCAGACCACGUGUAACCACGCCAGCCCAGGACCUCCACAUCCGGCUUUUUCACCUGCAGGAUCGUCUAAGACCAGCCACCCGGACAGCUGAUGAAACUGUGGGUUUGCACAACCGAAUAAUUUCUGCACAAACUGUCAGAAACCACCUCAGGGAAGCUCAUCUGCAUGCACGUCAUCCUCACCAGGGUCUUGAUCUGACUGCAGAUCGGCUUCGUUAUCAACUUCAGUGGGCAAAUGCUCACCUUCAAUGGCCACUGGCAUGCUGGAGAAGUGUGCUCUUCACGGAUGAAUCCUGGUUUCAACUGUACCGGGCAGAUGGCAGACAGCAUGUAUGGCGUUGUGUGGGCGAGCGGUUAUCUGAUGUCAACGUUGUGAACAGAGUGCCCCAUGGUGGCGGUGGAGUUAUGGUAUGGGUAGGCAUAAGCUACGGACAACUAACACAAUUGCAUUUUAUCGAUGGCAAUUUGAAUGCACAGAGAUACCGUGAUGAGAUUCUGAGGCCCAUUGCGGUGUCAUUCAUCCGCUGCCAUCACCUCAUGUUUCAGCAUGAUAAUGCAAGGCCCCAUGUCGCAAGGAUCUGUACACAACUUCUGGAAGCUGAAAAUGUCCCAGUUCUUCCAUGGCCUGCAUACUCACCAGACAUGUCGCUCAUUGAGCAUGUUUGGGAUGCUCUGGAUCAACGUUUACGACAGCAUGUUCCAGUUCCCGCCAAUAUCGAGCAACUUCACACAGCCAUUGGGGGACAACAUUCCACAGGCCACAAUCAACUGCCUGAUCAACUCUAUGCGAAGGAGAUGUGUUGCGCUGGAUGAGGCAAAUGGUGGUCACACCAGAUACUGACUGGUUUUCUAAUCCACACCCCUACCUUUUUUUAAGGUAUCAACAAAUGCAUAUAUGUAUUCCCAGUCAUGUAAAAUCUAUAGAUUAGGGCCUAAUUAAUUUAUUUCAAUUGACUGAUUUCCUUAUUUGAACUGUAACUCUGUAAAAUCUUUUAAAUUGUUGCAUGUUGCGUUUAUAUUUUUGUUAAGUAUAGUUCAAUGCUGUUCUUUUUCCAUAAUCUUUUCCUUUGUCAGGAUUGCUUUGAGCGGACAGAAAGAUUAUCCAAUCUAAUUGGAACAGCAAAAGCAUUCUGUGGACCAUUCCUUAGAUCACACAAAGGUACAGUAAAUGCUCUUUAAGUGUGACUGCAUCAAAAUAAGCUAUACUGUGACAACAUGAUGACUAGGCUACUGAUAAUAUCCAGAAUAUCCAGAAUUUCAUAUACAGCCAAGUCCAACAUUAUUGGCACCCUUGAUAAAGAUGAGCAAAAAUACUGUAUAAAAUAAAUUAUAAAAAUACUAAGCUAUAUUGUAUGCAAAAAAAAAAUGGAAAAGUAUAUUAUUUUAUACUAAUACAAUUGCUCAGACAAAGAGAUUUUGUUUAACUAGUAAUAUUUGUUUCUCUCAAAAAGACAGGGGUCAAAAUGAUUGGCACCCCUGUUUUCAAUACCUUUCAAUACCUCACCUUGCGAGGAUAACAGCACUGAGUCUUUUUCUAAAAUGUUUUAUGAGAUUGGAGAACACAUUCGGAGGGAUUCACGUGAUUCCCUUGUGAAGGUCAACGACAUCAUGAACUUUACCCAGUACCAGGACAUUUUAGCCAAAAACCUGGUUGCCUCUGCCAGGAUGCUGAAACUUGGCCGCAAGUGGAUCUUCCAGCAAGACAAAAACAAUAACUCCAAGCACACAUCAAGAAAUGGUUAAUUGACCACAAAAUCAACAUUUUGCAAUGGCCAUCUCAGUAUCCAGACUUUAACCCCAUUGAAGACCUGUGGUUUGAAUUGAAGAGGGCAGUCCAUAAGCGCAGACAAAGGAUAUCAAGGAUCUGGAAAGAUUCUGUAUGGAGGAAAGGUCUAAAAUCCCUCCUAAUCAAAUUAAAUCUGUGGAACGGUCGUUAAGACACUAACAGCUUACAGACGGUAGGCUAUUAAGGUCACAGUUAUGAAAACUUAGGAUACUAAAGAGGCCUUUCUACUGACUCUGAAAAACAACAAAAGAAAAAUGCCCAGGGUCCCUGCUCAUCUGCGUGAACGUGCCUUAGGCAUGCUGCAAGGAGGCAUGAGGACUGCAAUAAAUUGCGAUGUCCGUACUGUGAGACGCCUAAGACAGCGCUACAGGGAGUCUGGGAACUUGCAGGUGCCUUGGUGGAAGAGUGGGGUAACAUCUCACAGCAAGAACUGGCAAAUCUGGUGCAGUCCAUGAGGAGGAGAUGCACUGCAGUACUUAAUGCAGCUGGUGGCCACACCAGAUACUGACUGUUACUUUUGAUUUUGACUCCCCCUUUGUUCAGGGACACAUUAUUCAAUUUCUGUUAGUCACAUGUCUGUGGAACUUGUUCAGUUUAUGUCUCAGUUGUUGAAUCUUGUUAUGUUCAUACAAAUAUUUACACAUAUUAAGUUUGCUGAAAAUAAACGCAGUUGACAGUGAGAGGACGUUUCUUUUUUUGCUGAGUUUACAUAUAUGGACAAGCAAUGACAGAGCGGCAUGGACUAAGAUACUGUAGAAUAUUAUAGAAUACAGUAUAUACAUAUGAGAUUAGAUAUGUACACAUUAUUAAAGUGACUAGUGUUCAAUUUCUUAAAGUGGCCAGUGAUUUCAAUAGGCAGCAGCAGCUUCUAGUGUGCUAGUGAUGGCUAUUUAACAGUCUGAUGGCCUUGAGAUAGAAGCUGUUUUUCAUUCUCUCAGUCCCAGCUUUGAUGCACCUGUACUGACCUCGCCUUCUGGAUGAUAACAGGGUGAACAGGCAGUGGCGCGGGUGGUUGAUGUCCUUGAUGAUCUUUUUUGCCUUCCUGUGUCAUCGGGUGCUGUAGGUGUCCUGGAGGGCAGGUAGUUUGCCCCCGGUAAUGCGUUCGGCAGACCGCACCACCCUCUGGAGAGCCCUGCGGUUGCGGGCGGUGCAGUUGCCGUACUAGGUGGUGAUACAGCCCGACAGGAUGCUCUCAAUUGUGCAUCUGUAAAAGUUUGUGAGGGUUUUAGGUGCCAAGCCAAAUUUCUUGGCUCCUGAGGUUGAAGAGGCUCUGUUGCGCCUUCUUCACCACACUGUCUGUGUGGGUGGACCAUUUAAGUUUGUUAGUGAUGUGUACGCCAAGGAACUUGAAGCUUUCCACCUUCUCCACUGCGGUCCCGUCGAUGUGGAUAGGGGGGUGCACCCUCUGCUGUAUCCUGAAGUCCACGAUCAUCUCCUUUGUUUUGUUGACGUUGAGUGAGAGGUUAUUUUACUGGCACCACACUCCCAGAGCCCUCACCUCUUCCCUGUACGCUGUCUCGUCAUUGUUGGUAAUCAAGCCUACUACUCUUGUGUUGUCUGCAAACUUGAUGAUUGAGUUGGAGGCGUGCUUGGCCACGCAGUCAUGGGUGAACAGGGAGUACAGGAGGGGGCUGAGCACGCACCCUUGUGGGGCACCAGUGUUGAGGAUCAGCGAAGUGGAGAUGUUGUUUCCUACCGUCACCACCUGGGGGCAGCCCGUCAGGAAGUCCAGGACCCAGUUGCACAGGGCGGGGUUCAGACCCAGGGCCUCGAGCUUAAUGAUGAGCUUGGAGGGUACUAUGGUAUUGAAUGCUGAGCUAUAGUCAAUGAAUGUGUUCUGCAAUCUUAUAACACAUUUUACAAAAAGGCUCAGGAUGGUUUGUACGAGGCUACAUGAUAUAUAGGAUGAUCAACUGUACAUAUUGUGGAGUUAAUGUAUUCUGACAUGUUUUCUGACAGUGUCCGUCAAAGAGAGAGCUGAUACUCUUCGUCUGGUGGGCUACAGUUUACUGGGAAUAGGACUAUUCCUCCUCUUUAUCGGGAGUCUCUCUUCCUUGUUCUUCUACCACAGGAAGCGAAUUGGAACCUACAGCUUCAGCCUCAAACCCAAGCAAGAUAACUUUACCUAUCAUGUUUUCGAUACUUAG